CAACCACUUCGCUGACCUCUCACCAUAUCCCAAGAGAACGGGACACAGGCCACCCUUGCGAAUUUCCACUGACCCCUUCUGUGGACAACCAGGCGACGGCGCGGCUGGGGGAGCGGUGCGAGCUUGAGUGUCGGAAUGGAGAAGGCGAAAGAGGCGAUUGUGGCGCAGGCAGACCACUCCUCACCUCGGAGAGAGAUGAGAGCACCAAGUGUGCUUGAAGAAUAACACCACCUCUUUAGUCCAGAAACCACGGCAGCGCCUUCUCCAUUCUAACCAAUUUUUGCAGGAGCACCAUUGACCAACCGCAUCGCCGUCUGGUACGGGAAUUGCGAGGCAUCUGACCGCAAAGGGUCACCAGGGCUGCUGAGAGGCUCACCUCGAGGCCGAGCUUCGAGGACAUGUGAGGCACCAUUAUGGAGGAGUGACUCCCCCACCUCGUCCCUGUUCAGCCGCUGCGGCUCUGGGUCGGGAGAGGAAUGGUCAUGAAGCAAUGCCGGGUCAAGAAGUGGAACCGGUCGGAGAUGCUGAGCGACGAGCUCAUUGCCGCCACCGUAGGGGACGUUGACUGGCUACGGCUGAGCCUAAACAAGGCAAAGGGCAAAGUGGCAGUGGAUCGGAAUGGUUACAACGCCAUGCACUACGCUGCUCAGAACGGGCGUCUGGAGUGCCUUCGGGUGCUGGUGGAGGAGUACAACAUGGACGUAAACCUGCCUGACCUCCGGGGCUACCGGCCCAUCCACAUGAUCCUCAACAAGGAAUGCCAGUUCUGCGCAGAAAGCUGCCUCAAGUACCUGCUGGAUAUUGGCGCCGACCCUAACGUGCAGACUAUCGAUGGGCAGUCUCCACUUCACCAGGCCGCCGAGGUUGGCUUACUGGACUGCAUCACCACACUGGUGGAUGCGGGAGCCAAUGUCAAGGCUAAAGAUGGGAAAGGGCAAAUACCCUUUGAUCUUGCCAAACUCUGGGGUCACCGAACAUGUGCAAGGUACCUGGCCAGCCUGGUCUGGAAGUCAAAUGGCAGGGAUUUCCUGAAAGAAAUGCAGAAGUUACAAAGGCUGAAGCUGGUCUUGCUCUCGGAUGAACAGCGGCUGCACAACAUCCAGCAGGAGAAGCGGGAUCGGUUAACCAAGGACCAGUACACCUUGUGGUUAGAGAGGAAACACCUGCCGGACACAGUGAGGAUCUCACCCAGCCUCUACAGACCGCGUACCACUUUAGCGGAGGAGACACUGAGGCAGCUGAGGGAGGCGGUCAGUACCGCUGAGGCCAUGGGCACCAUGAAGGUGCUGCAGCUCGCGAAGCCCAGGAGUGCCUGCCAGCCAAGGGCUGCUGGAAAGGAGGGGCGGGCAGCCGCCAGGAACGCAGCCUGUGGCGUCCCAGCCAAAGGCAGGGCCGCAGUCUGCUGGCCGGGAACGGCUCCAGGCCCCGGUCACAAGCUGGCUUCGAGCCCAACACUAGCUGAUGAGGACGUCUUUGACCUCAGGACCCUGGUCCAGCAGCAUGACUUUGGUCCCUUCUACGAACUGGAGGUUAACAGGGCCCACCUUCCACAGCUCAGGGCAAAGGCAGACCCCAGGGUGACAAAACCCCUGCCCAAUCUGCCCCUCCACAUUCUACGGCGAGAGCUAUUUCCUGGUUCCGUUCCCCACCGAAUAAAGAUACCUGAGGAAUUCAAAGCGGUUCACGUCUUCGACAUUCCCAGAAAAAAACCCUCGGGCAAGAAUCGAGAUAUGCAGCUGGGUGAAUGGCUGGAGCUAGGCCUGCCCUCCCUCUCCUUCACCACCACCGAAUGUUCACGCAAGUCUGCCUGGUUCCUGGGCACUGCCAGCUCACCUCGAGGGGAGGAAACAAAGGAAAUCCUUGAGGAAGGCAGCCCUGAGUCUCGAGCUGACAGCCCCCAGGAGCACUGUGAGCCCUGAACUAGAUCUUUCAUCAGUACUUUGCUCAUGCUGUGUGCUUGGGAUCCCUGAGACUUACACAGUUCAGAUCACAGUUAGAUCUCUAAACCAGAACGGCUUUGAUCACUAUUAUCACUGAAAACUCGCUCUCUCAGGGUCUUCCCCUCUCACUGACCUUAGACUCCCCCUAACCUGAAUGACAAGAACCCCUACCACAGAUUCCACCCUGUCAGUGAAUCCCCACCCACAACCUUUCACAGAAUCUUCCUGACCAUCCAUCCAUACACUGUCUCAUUAUGUGUUUGAACCACCACUGAGUCUCCACCUAUAGAACCUAGAUCAUUACCCUACAGACCCUUUGGCCCACAACCUACUCCAAGGGCAAUCUAACCCUUCCCUUCCACAUAGCCCUCCAUUUUUCUUUCAUCCAUGUGUCUGAGAGUCUAGUAAAUACUCCAAAGGUAUCUGUCUCUACCACCAACCCUGGCAGCAUGUUUCACACACUCACCACUUUCUGUAAGGUACCCAUCUGACAUUCCCCCCCUCCAUAUUUUCCUCCAAUCACCUUAAAAUUACGACCCCUCACAUUGGCCAUUUCCACCAUGGGGGGAAAAAGUCUCUCAACUAUCCACUCUAUCAUUGCCUCUUAUCAUCUGGUACAGCUCUAUCAAGUCAUCUCCAAUCCUCCACUCCAAAGCUCUUGAUGAUGGGAUUUACCUUCCUGCUGCCAAAUACUCCCCACCUUGAUAUGAAGGGUCAAGAAGCUGGUUCUUAAACCUGGCCUGGAUUCGAUCUGAAUGGGAACACACACCAACCAGCAGAGACACCCAACUCUGGAUCCAAAUCCCAGUACUGACUCCAGUGCUAGAGCUUCCCAUGGAAGAUGGUGAAAUUCAUUUUCACACUGAAUUGGUUGAGAAUAUUCUGUCUGCUCUUUCAAAUAAAACCAGUAUGGCUACAGGUUUAUUUUACUCUUUACAGAAACAGACUUAUUACGUCUCAUAACAUGUCUUGGUGCCUUAUGAACUGAUCUCAGCAGAGGGGAAGUGGUUCUGGGAUUUCUGCCCCAUCACGAGGGGGUCUGUGUGGCUCUCUGUGAAAGCUUCUACAGUGAGGCGAGUUAACAACAAUGCUCUUGAAGGCCUGACCCAGUUAGAACUUGAACCUUACAGCACAGUACAGGCCUUUCAGCCUGUGAGGUUGUGCUAAUCUUUUAACCUACUCCAAGAUCAAUCUAACCCUUCCCUCCCAAAUGGACCUCCAUUUUUCUAUCACCCAUAUGCCUAAGAUUUCCUUAAAUGUCCAUAAUGCAGCUGUCUCUGGCAGUGCAUUCCAGGCACCUACCAGUCACUGUGUAAAAAACCUACCUCUUUACUUUCGUCCAAUUACCUUAAAAUCAUAAACAAAAGAAAAUCUGCAGAUGCUGGAAAUCCAAGCCCGAAACAUCGACUCUACUCUUUUCCAUAGACGCUGCCUGACCUGUUGUGUUCCUCCAGUAUUUUCUGUGUGUUGCUCAGAUUUCCAGCAUCUGCAGAUUUUCUUCUGCUGUGAUUGGACAACUACACUGUGAAGUCUCUUCCAGGGAUGCCUACCCUGAAGGAGUUUAAUUCUUCUCUUCAAUGGGAGUUCAGUGAAACCCUCUCUCACUGCUCCUCCUCUAUGAUGGUAAAAUUAUACCCCAUCGUACAUUUCCACACUGGGAAAAAGGCACUUACUGUCCACUCUAUCUAUGCCUCUUAUCAUCUUGUACACUUCUAUCAAGUCAUCUUUCAACUUCCUUCACUCCAAAAAAAGCCCUGGCUCGCUCAACCUAUCCUUCUAAGACAUGCUCUCUAAUCCAGGCAACAUCCUGAUAAAUUUCUCUGCACCCUCCCUAAAGCUUCCACAUCCUUUCUACGAUGAGGUGAUCCGAACAGAACACAAUGCUCCAAAUGUGAAGCACAGGGAGUGUUGGGUACUGCACCAAGAAAAUUAGCUUGCCAAGUCCUUGAAUUCAACUCAAGAAAUCAGAGGUGUUUCAAUUAUGAUAACUCAGCACCUGAGAAAUUAAGUUUCAGAAUAAUUUCAUUAAUGAAGAAACAAGCUUGCAACCACAACCCACCUCCCUCAGUGACCCCUCUCCCCCAGCACUCUGUCACCAACUUUAUCCCCCACUGACAUUAAUCCAGUUUCCUCACACCGUCCCUCAGUGGCCCCACACUUCCAAUGCCGUGUCACCAAGUGUACCCCCAUGGACUUUAAUCCAGCUUCGUCAGACUGUCCCUCAGUGGCCCCUCUCUCCAGCACCCUAUUAAGCUGACUAUAUCCCCACCAACCUUAAUCCAGCUCCCUCAGAGACCCUUCUCCCCAGUGCUCUGUGUCACGGAAUGUAUUCCCAUUCUCAGUGACGCCUCGCCCAGC